ACAACCUGGAAACACCAAAUUCUUUUUCCCUUCCUCACCCAAGAAGGCCAGGUCGCGACGCCUCGACAAUAUUCGCCGUUUCUCCGGUCCUGUUGCUUUCCAGGUUCUCUGCCUUUAUCCAAGACCAUCCACAGACUCUACAUCACUUUGAUCGCCUGCAGAGGGACCCCCCUCUUUAUUCACUUAUUUUUUUGAUUUUUCGAACCUGCGCAAAAAAAUCUUGCCCCACCAUCCCAUCACCAACCCCGCCUCGAUCCGUCGGGCACCACCAUCACCAUGUCUGACAAACUUACCCGUGUCGCUAUCGUCAACAGCGACAAGUGCAAGCCCAAGAAGUGUCGCCAGGAGUGCAAGAAGGCCUGCCCCGUUGUCCGCUCCGGAAAGCUCUGCAUCGAAGUCACCCCCGAGUCCCGCAUCGCCUUCCUCUCCGAGUCACUAUGCAUCGGUUGUGGUAUCUGCCCCAAGAAGUGCCCUUUCAGCGCCAUCACCAUCAUCAACUUGCCCACGAACCUUGAAAGCCAAGUCACCCACCGCUACUCCGCCAACAGCUUCAAGCUUCAUCGUCUUCCCAUGCCCCGUCCUGGCAACGUUUUGGGUCUCGUUGGAACCAACGGUAUCGGAAAGAGUACCGCUCUGAAGAUUCUCAGUGGAAAGCUCAAGCCCAACUUGGGUCGCUACGACAACCCGCCCGACUGGGAGGACGUCAUCAAGUACUUCCGUGGUUCUGAACUGCAAAACUACUUCACCAAGCUUCUUGAGGAUGACCUCAAGGCCGUUGUCAAGCCUCAGUAUGUCGACCAGAUCCCUCGCGCCGUCAAGGGCCCUCAGAAGAGCGUCAGAGCUUUGAUCGAUGCUGUGAGCAGCUUGGGAAACAAGCAGGAGGUCUGCGAUACUUUGGAGCUCAACCACAUCAUGGAUCGUGAGAUCAACCAAUUGUCUGGUGGAGAACUGCAGCGUUUCGCCAUUGGUACCGUCUGUGUCCGCAAGGCCGACGUUUACAUGUUCGACGAGCCCUCUUCAUACCUCGAUGUCAAGCAGAGACUGGCUGCUGCCCGUGUUAUUCGCUCUCUUCUCCGCGACGACGACUACGUCAUUGUCGUCGAGCACGACUUGUCAGUCCUGGACUAUCUCUCCGACUUCAUCUGCGUUCUUUACGGUCGCCCCGCCGUCUACGGUGUCGUCACCCUGCCGCAGUCCGUCCGCGAAGGUAUCAACAUUUUCCUCGACGGUCACAUCCCUACCGAGAACUUGCGUUUCCGUGACGAGUCCCUGACCUUCAAGCUCUCCGAGGGUGCUGAUGAGUUCAUGAAUGACAAGUCUCGUGCCUUCAAGUACCCCAAGAUGCAGAAGUCCAUGGGCGACUUCAAGCUGAGCAUCGAGUCUGGUGACUUUACCGACUCCGAGAUCAUUGUCAUGAUGGGAGAGAACGGAACCGGAAAGACCACUUUCUGCCGUCUCCUCGCUGGCGCCCUCAAGCCCGACACCAAGGCUGCCGUCCCCGAGAUGAAGAUUAGCAUGAAGCCCCAGACUAUCACCCCCAAGUUCGAGGGUACCGUUCGCCAGCUCUUCUUCAAGAAGAUCAGGGCCUCUUUCCUGUCGCCCCAGUUCCAGACCGAUGUUGUCAAGCCCCUGAAGCUUGAUGACUUCAUUGAUCAGGAGGUCAAGAACUUGUCCGGUGGUGAACUUCAGCGUGUCGCCAUUGUUCUUGCUCUCGGUAUACCCGCCGAUAUCUACCUUAUCGACGAGCCCUCCGCCUACCUCGACUCCGAGCAGCGUAUCAUUGCCUCCCGCGUCAUCAAGCGGUUCAUCAUGCACGCCAAGAAGACCGCCUUCAUCGUCGAGCACGAUUUCAUCAUGGCCACCUACCUCGCCGACCGCGUCAUCGUCUUUGACGGAAAGCCCGGUAUUGACGCUCACGCCAACAAGCCCGAGUCCCUCCUUACUGGUUGCAACACUUUCCUGAAGAACCUCGACGUUUCUUUCCGUCGCGAUCCCACCAACUACCGCCCUCGUAUCAACAAGGGCAACUCCCAGCUCGACCAGGAGCAGAAGGCCAACGGCAACUACUUCUUCCUGGACGACGGCGACAAGACGAGUUAAAGAGGGCAUCUAUACAGAUGUUUUCCCUCGUCACGAUGCAUUCGACUCAGGCGUUAAGGGCGUUCAAAAGGGGCAUAAGCGGCAACCGAGGAGGCGCGCUUCCGGCGGUCAGGAUCAUGGUUUCGGUUUAGAGGAGGCAAGCGCGUCCGAGGACGACGCCGAUGGUGAUGGAUAACAACGGCGACGGCAGUCUAUCCCCCCGUUGCCUGGUCCUAUGGAGAUACAAUAUUGGGUGUGCGUAUGGCUGAGUCUCCCCCUCUCGGUUUGGAUGUGCGAAGGACGCUUUGCAAAGCCACAUUUUUUUUGUUGGCUGCACAUUCAUUUGGGACACAGCCGGACUCCAUAGAUUGAGGGGCAACGGAUGAAGCAGGGUGACUGCCGUCAGUCUCUGCCACGAUUUUGUGGCGAGAGACUUUCGUAAAUAUGGUUGAGCAUGCCAAAAGGGCACACGUAUCUUGAGAACAA